AUGGCCAGCGACCCGAUCCUAGAGGCGAUAGAAGAAGGCCGUUUUGCGGCUGCAAGGCGCGACUUGGAGCUGAAACUCAAGCGGUUCCCCGACAAGUCCUACUACUUGGCAUUGAAUUGCUUUUAUCUUGCCGAAACUGGAAAUGCAUCCGCCGAAGCCCAGUGCCGAACCUUGAAGCAGAAAGUGCCCAGCGAUGCCAAAGCCCUAGAUUUGUUGUCUCGUGCGUUCAAAAAACUAGGCCUCCCGACGGAAGCAAAUGAAAUAUACGAAAACGCAGUCAAAAAGUAUCCCACCACAGACUUGAUUCUCACGUGGUUUUUCAAAACCAUCCAUAGUUUCGACACAAGGUCAGCGCAGAAGGCGUCCAUGCUUUUGAAAAAACACGCCAAGUCCAACCGCGCUUAUGCAGUGAGAGCAGCGUUUGUGAAUUUUUUGUGGAGUUUACAGUCCCCUCUGGAAAAGGAACUGACCUUGCAUUUGGCUUUGGCCGAGCUGAUCCUCAACGACUCGUCUCCGCUCGAGUCUAACCAGGAAAUCUUUGCCCUUGCAACCAUAUUGAGCAAGCGGGGGAAAUAUGAUCAAGUGGUGGAGCUUCUUGCGCCGUUGGAUCAUCGUGAGUUGGAAUUGACUUUGUUGUACUUGGACUGCCUCUUCCGCCUUGAAAAUUGGGAAGCGUUGUACAACUUGUGCCACCAAUUGCUUUUCAAGGAAGAAUUCAAUGACUACGAUACGUGGAAAUACCUAAUCAUGGCUGCCAAUAAUUUGGGCAUGCUGGAGACUGAGAUUUCCACAUUGAUAUCCUCCAAUUCCAGAAACGCUUACAUGGCGAAAAUCGAAUUGGCGAAAGUUUAUGAAUCAGACAUCGAGACAAGCGUACUUGCAUACUAUGAUUCUUUUGCUACCAAACCAUGUUGCGUAGCUGAUCUUUCAUUAGUCGAAUUGUUUCCGGCUUUUGUUGAAAGGGUUCAUCUGGACUACUCAGAGUUGCUUUCCAAAGAGAAGCUUAGUCCAAAAGAAGAGUCAAAACUUUGCAAUUUGAGCAAGCUUAAUUUGAGAAUUGAUCCCAACUUAAAACUUUCGUGGUCAAACUUUGCCAAAUUCGACAGUGUCAAUCUUAUUGACACAUACCUCAUAUGCAUGAUUGAUGACCUCAGACAAGAUCUGUCGCCGGAGAACAUUGUCAAACACAUUGUACACCUUGAACAUCUUGCUAAACAAGACUCCGAGAACUACAGGGUGAAAUUGUGGCUUCUUAAUUUGUACACCAACAUUAAUGCAUCAACUAAAGCUAUCAAAGUAUUCCAUGACUUGAAAAUCAAGAUGAUUCAGAACGACACCCUCUCUUACAAACUCGAUCUUGCGCCUUCAUUAGCGAAUUUAAAUGAACUUGUGCAAGUGUUUCGUUUCUACUUGACAAGCGAUAGCGAGGUGGAGUCUUUUAUCCAGAAGGGAUUCGAAAUGGAUCUUUACACUAAGAUUCAAGACUUCUACCAGUUUGGUCAGAGACUUUCUAAUUCGCUCACAAGGCACUUGUUAAUUCUUCGCAUUUUGCAAAUAUCCAGGGUCUUGAACCACUCAUACUACAAUUAUUUUUAUAAAGUGGUACUGGACAUGAAAACGGAGAUUCUAAGCGAUUGCUUUACAGUGUCAGACAAUCGUGACUUCAAGACAGAGUACAAUUUGGGUGCACACUUACUACCACUAGAAUUUCUUCAUGGAGCAGAACAACGGAAAGGCAAAGAAUAUGCGAAAUUGUAUUACUUGAAAGAAUUACUCAUCGUGGAGAGGAAAGAGGCGGACAUUCAGAAUAUGCUCAAGGCUUUCAACAAAAUUCUUAGUAACUCUUCCCACAUGAAACAGUUCUCUGCAUUCGAGGCGCAUCUUUUCAAAAUGUAUCUCAGCCUUUUCAAAGUGGCCAAGGACCCUAAAAUCAAGGACAAGGCACUGGAAAUUGGUUUCUUGGCUAAAAACUUGGACUUCAAAAAGAUCAAACCCAAAUUCAUCGAUAAUCUUCCUCCACUCUCGAACCAGAUCAACCACAUCUUAGCUCAAGCUUUUGAUUUUGCAUGCAUUUGUCCGUUGCUUGUGAGCCAACCACAAUUAGUGAAAGCAGCCUCUAAUCUCCGAGCAGAAAUUAGUGCAUUUGAGGAAAGCGAAAAGCAGAAGAAACUCUUCAGGAAAAUAAAAUCAAGCAACAGUUUUGAGGAUUUGCCCCAGGACUUUGUCAGUGAUACAUUAGAGGACAUAAUAGAAGGUGUACGUAGUUCGAGUUUGAAGCUAUCGCGUUGA